UAAUGUCUAAGGGGAAGAUACAAGCUGUUGCACAGGGAGGUGUGUGUGGAGCUCUUGUGUGGAGAGCAGAGGGUAAAUGGUCUCAGAGACCAGUACAUAUUUCAGCAGGUGAAAUGGGUGUUUGUUCAGAUGUGUACAGACUGCGAGUGGAGUGGCGAGUGGUGGGUGGCCUGGUGGGAGCACUGCCAGUGCAGCCUCGGCAGAGUGGGCAGCUCGGUCUGCCUCUCCACCUCUCUCCUGAGGAGCUCUCUCACCUCUUGGAGAAAGGUGUACUGGAAUUGGAGCAGGAAACACCUCCUGAUGAUGUCAUCACACGAGAACAGGAAACCCGAGCAGCUGUCUUCGGAGACUUGUGGGAGAAUGGAUUCACUCUAACAUCGGGACUCAAGUAUGGUGCAGAUUACCUCGUUUACCAGGGAGACCCCGCCCUCGUUCACUCCUGCUUCCUAGCUCUGGUGUUGCCAUGGAAACAGCCUAUUGCAACACUGACAAGUCUGUGUCGAGUAGGGUCAAAGGUUGUGAAGGCGCUACUCCUCUGUUCAGUAGAGAAAGGUGUGGUGCAGUACCAGACCCUUGAAUGGGACCCAAUAUUAUAA